AUGGCGACAAGUAAGGAGUUACGGACUAGAAGAAUUGUCAUAGUCAUUUACAGCAUCCUAUAUGUUGCCCUAUCAGAAGAAAACAUUGCGUUAAGGAAAGUGGCCAUUCAAAAGGAUGCUUAUCAAAGUUAUUGGGCAGGAAAGGCUGUGGACGGAUGUUUGGAUACACACUUUGGCAAUGGUUGUUGUUCACAUACAAGUGCUAACCAGAUAACGGCUUGGUGGCGCGUCGACUUGGGGCAGCUAAGCAUCGUCAAGGCUAUCAGAAUAUACUUUAGGACAAAGUUUCCAGAACGUGUAGCUGGGUAUCAAAUUUAUGUCACCAACUCUUCAGAGCAUGCUAACUUGAUGGGACACGGGAUUCUAGUAUACAGUGAAACCAGCAGGACGGCGGAUGAGGUGCAGACACCAGCUACACACACGGGAACAUACACGACACGCUACGUAACCAUUUAUAAUCAUAGGGAAACUCCAAAACGGCAUAACUGGUAUUCUGACAAGGCAUUUCUAGAAAUUUGUGAGGUUCAAGUGUUUGGAUGUAUAGCAGGAAAGUAUGGAAGGGGUGAUUGUAGUCAGACUUGCUCCAUGGGCUGCUUUCACGGAACCUGUGACCCUACUAGUGGAGUUUGUCUAUAUGGUUGCGUUCAUGGAAAAUAUGGUGACAAAUGUGAAGACGACUGCUCAACGUCCUGCCUUAACAACGAUUGUGAUAAGACCACCGGCUACUGCUACGAUUGCAUUUCUGGAAAGUACGGUUCUACCUGCGAAUACAGUUGUUCAUCGAACUGUCUCGACACUACCUGUGAUAAAAUCAUUGGAAGAUGCUUUCAGUGUGUUGCGGGGUUUCAUGGUAACACCUGUAAUGAGGAAUGUCCCGCCAGUUGUUCGAAUGGUCUAUGUGAUAUGGAUACCGGAAUGUGUUAUAGCUGCAAUGAUGGAUUCCACAGCCCUCUCUGUGUGCCAUGUCCAAUUGGCUGUAGCAAUAGCACG